AUGAGCAGCAUUGGAACGGGGUACGAUCUGUCCGUGACUACCUACUCGCCCGAUGGCCGGCUGUUCCAGAUCGAGUACGCCGCCAAGGCCGUAGACAACAGCGGGUGAGCGAAUUGCCACAUCUCGAGCUUUCUCGUCCAUUACAUCUUCUCCCGUAGUUUCCUAAUUCCGGCCUCGCCGGUGCUGAUUGGACCGACGUUGUUCGCGUUCUUGCUUCUUCCUGUCAGGACGGUGAUUGGCAUCAAGUGCAAGGAUGGGAUCGUCAUGGUAGAUUAUGCUCCCUCAACUUGACUACUCUCUGGCUAUUGAAGGGAAGGGGGGUGGGGGUGCAGCUCUUGUUUAAGGGCGGUGGCUAUUAAAUAGUGUUCCGUAGUUGUUUUGCUAUUUGUUUACUUAUUUGGUUCGUUUUAACUCUCUUUUGCUCUUAGGGCGUGGAAAAAUUGAUUGCCUCUAAAAUGCUGCUGGCCGGAUCGAACAGGAGGAUCCACUCUGUGCACCGCCACUCCGGCAUGGUAUGCUACGUCGCAGCUGAUGUCAUAUUUCCAUUCAUUUAACUUACCGGACCUUUUCCAAAAAUCUUACUUUCGUCGGUGCUGUUUCUGGGCUGUUCUCUUAUUUGUGUUUGUGCUGUUACUAUCCUGCCAAAAUGUUAAUUCCAUCGGUGCUUUCUAUCCGUAACAAAUGGUCAGGAAUGUUACAGUAAUAUCUGGACCUGGGGAAUCCGCCCGAUUCCUCGUAAUCCUCGAGUCCUUACAGAAACUAAGUGAUAACACUUUUCAAUGAAUAUAUGAUAGCUCUCUCCUUUUACAUGGACUCCUCUGACAUUUCUUGGGAGUUCAUGUCUGUCGUUGACACUUCGGAAAGCUGGCCUGAAUUUGGGAUGAAUAGCAAUUAGUGGUUUUCUUCGUGUUCAGGCAGCAUAUAUGCUUCAUAAUGUAAAAUCCCGGUUGAAAUUUUCACCUUAUAUUAUUUUGCAUUAUUCUCGACUUUACUUAAUACAGAACUUUAAAAAAAAUGGUAACAGUUUCUAUCCUUGAGCCUCUGUUUAUGGUUAUUACAGAAAAACUUGGAAACUGUUGGUAUAUUUUUUACUUCAAAAUUCCUAAAGUGACAUACAGAAGUUACCCUCCUGAAACAGUUAAAGCAGUUUCCUACCAGCUCUCUGCUUGUUACGCUUUUUCAUCUUUACAUUUAUCCUGCUGGCUUUUGGUCUUGUCCUCAUUUUCCAAAGGAUCUGGUUGUGAUUCCAGCAGUCAUGGCCCUGGUAUACUUGUUCUGGGUUUAUGGUGAUCAGGUUAAGUUUAGCCUAAGGAUUAAAGCGCAUCCAGUUGAUGACAUAGAAUCAUUGUUGUUAACUGAUUAAACUAUGUAGAAUCAGCCGAUUGCGAAAAUAUAAGAAAAGAAGGGAACUGGUCUACGUGAGAUUGGCCAGUUUCUGCCCUGGCCAGACCUUUGUCUGACAGAGAUCACGGUUGGACCUGGCAUGACUGGGAAUCGAAAUUCGAUUCUGAAGUCUGAAUUCGUGAACUGAUUUCAUUUUAAUGCAACCUGCUAUUAUUAUUUAUGGAGAUUCGAUAAUGCCACUAAAUUAACUCCAGAACAUGACGGACACUUCUUUCCAUGAGCAUUCUAGAAGUUUUUUUUAUCUUGGAUCACCAAUCUUUAUUCUAACCGAUUGCAUUGUUAUACACUACGGAAGCUGAUGUUAAAGUUAACACACUGAUGGUACCUGAUGUAAUUGAACGAGAUACUUGUGGUGGAGAAUAUCUAAUUGGAAUAUUGAUGAUUGGCGGUUGUAACUGUAGCUUCUUGUUCUCGGUGGAUGAUCAUGGGAUGGAGUCCUUAGUAGUCAACUGGAUAUAUUUAUUUUUAAGUUAUCCAUAUUUAUUCACUAAAUUACUUCCUUGCGCAUCUUUGUGAAUUACGAAUGGUAAUAUCAAAAGUCCAUGAAAAUUUUCAGUUCUGACAGGAUGUGGGUUACCUAGGUCCACACCACCUUUUAGUUGUGCCAAAUUCUGCUGAAAGCCAAUAUCAAUCUUUUCAGACCACAGUGCUUUGGUCUUUCACUCGUCCUCAGUGCCUUAAAGGUUGUGGUUGUUUUUUAUUGAACCCUUGCUUAAAUGGUUGUUGUUUGAUGAUUGCAUACAAGUCAUCCCAAGGUGUUCGGUAAAAUUAUGUAGCUGCUCUCAUAGCCUUUUAAAAUGUCGCCUCUGCGACAAGGCACCUGUCUUGACUAGGUGAGUAGCUAAUCACAGAUUCUGGUUGCAUUUUUUACCGCAACCAAGUGAACAGGUAUUUCCUCAUGAGUAAAAGCAUGUUCCUUUGCCAAUGCAUGCCCAUUUGCUGUUGCGAGCAGGGCAAUAAUUCGGUCAUUCACUUAAGCCAGGGAACUACUCCCUGUCAGGAACGGGUUGAACGUCUGCUUAUUGGCUUUUUGCAUGAACAUCACUUCGGUUGAAUGCAUAAACUUUCGUAAUGUAACUCGUAACUAUCAAUUUUUACUUGUUAGUACCAUUUACAAAAGUUAUGUCACCGCUAUUUUAUAAUCUUAUUACUUUGUACUUAUACACAUUUUUUUCAAUGAUAAUAUUCUGAUUAAAAACGAUGUUCCCAAAUGCCUUCGCCUUUCUUCUAUGCACUUGGGGUGGAGUCCACCUAAUUUUCCCUUUUGUUGCCCAAAGAACCUGGGGUUUUCCUUAAAAGGAUAGAGAAGAGCACAGAAAAGACUUUUGUCCCUCGAAUUGUUCUCAUGUCUAGAGAUCUUUCAUUUUUGUUGUCAUGUUUUCAAAGGCUGGUGAGUGGCUAAUAUAUGGCCAGGGCAUUCUUUGUCAUAUCGCUAUGCAAUAUAUUCUUCCAUUUUUUGUGGUUAUUUUCUAAUUCAAUAAUUAGUUGAAAGAAAAGAUGGGGAUUGGGAAAAAAAUUCUUUUGCGCCUGAUUUUUAAUUCAGGUCCAUUAUCUCUGAACGUUACUUCAAAAUUUUCAUUUGUAUGCAUGAUAUUUUUAACCUUUGUAGGCAUGAAAAAUUUUAAUCUUAAUACCAGGUCAUGUAAUCCUUCUUAUUAUCAUGCAUGAAUUUCAUAUUUAGGCUGUUGCUGGAUUAGCUGCAGAUGGUAGGCAAAUUGUUACCCGGGCCAAAUCUGAAGCCACUAACUAUGAAAGGUUUGGACUUUUAUUGUCUGCAAGAUUCUAUUUCUUGAAGCUAUCAUCUUCUAAUUUUUUACAUUCUUAUUUGGGCGUUGCUUUGUGUUAUAAAUAUCACUACAAUCUCAUAUUAACUUGGUUGCGGUCAUAAACAAAAACCGGAAUGCAGUUUGCGAGCGAUUUUUGCAGGUUAUGUAGUUAAUGAAGGAAGGUGAUAACCAUGUUUAAAUAAAUUCCUCACACAGCUUACUACAUAUACACGCAAAGGCGCGUGCACACAUACAUAAAUCUAGUGUGUCACAGCUAAUAAUCAUCAGGAGCUUGAAUCCUACCAUAACUUCACUGUGUUACAUGUCAUUUGUGUAGAUAUAUUUAAGAUGCCUAAUGUCUUAUCUUUUUAUUGCCUCCUUUAGUUUUUAUUUAUUUAUUUUUACCUUAAUUGCAAUAAAGAAUCUCUAAAUGCUUGUUUGUUUUUCGACACACAUAGAUUCCAACUUAGGAGAAAGCUGUUAUGUACCACCUCAUAGAAGCCGUAUAGUGAAUACAUUAUUGUGACAGUCCUCUAGAAUAUUGUGCUUUCUUCCACUUAAACGUUGGGAUUUUCCGAUUUACAUGAAGAUUGUGCCCAUCAUUUUCAAUUAGCCUCGUUUUUCAUAUGUUGUUUCUUGGAGCACUCUGUGGUCCAUCUAUUCUUUGCAAUACUGGGAAGAAAAUGGUGGUUUUCAUCGAUCUUUUCUUCAUGAAUGCGUGUUUUGAGCUGUUCUAAACAUCUGGAAUCCAGGAUCUAUGGUGAGCCUAUACCUGUGAAAGAACUUGCAGACCGUGUUGCUAGCUAUGUUCAUCUUUGCACACUCUAUUGGUGGCUAAGGUAGGAUGAGGUUAAUUUAUAACCAUCACUCAUGAGAUGUUCCUUGGAAACCUCUCUAAGUCAUUCAUACUUCGCUAAGAGAGGUUGUUAUGUUGCAGACCCUUUGGUUGUGGUGUUCUUGUUGGAGGUUAUGACAGGGAUGGACCGCAGCUGUACAUGGUUGAACCUUCUGGUAUCUCAUACGUGAGUUGACUUCCGUUUACAACGUCAUCUGAUGCAUUAUUUAAGAAAUAAGUAAUUUUUACUGUUUUACUCAUGAAAGAUUGUAAUUUCAUUAGUAGCUGAUCAGAUAAGAGUCAGUUAAGCCUUUUUUGUGUGAGCCCGGUUGGCUCUAUUAUUUCACAUACUUCACAAAACUAUGUGUCAUACCAUCAAUGAUCUUGUAGUUGCAUAUGUACUUUCAAUUUUGUUUACUUUCUUCAUCUCUUGAAACGUGUCCAGAGAUACUUUGGGGCUGCUUUGGGCAAAGGGAGACAGGCUGCAAAAACGUAAGUCGUCGAAGAGCCUUUCUUCUGUUCUAUUCCCUUCUUUGACUUGUACUUCUAGAGCGUCGAAGAGCCAUUAUGAGGGUGAUUUGAAACCACAUAUAUAUGCGCCUCGUUUUCCUUUGUAUGUAAAAACUCCAUUGCCCCUUGCUUGUCCAUCAAUUUCAGUAAGUUGGGCCUGCACUGGAUAUUUUGCCAAGUCCAGGCCGUCAUCUUCGGUUUAGUAUCUUAAAGAUUUUCUUUGCUAUGCCUUGCCGUGUGUACCUAUUAAGAUAGAUUCCACUCUUGAUGCUACAAACUCUUGUCUACUGAACAGGGAGAUAGAGAAGCUGAAGUUAUCAGAGCUAACAUGCAGGCAAGGGGUCAUUGAGGUUGCUAAAAUGUAAGUAUUCCUCCCCCCCGCGUGCAUGCAAGUACAUUUUAGCUCUACAGUAUUGUUUUAUUUAAUCUCCCUGUUUUUCAUCUUGUGCUAAUUACUUUAAUAAAUUACGCGGUUGUUUAAAGGGUGGGAAGGAUGGUUAUUCUAUUUUAGAGAGGCAAAAAUUAAUUAUGGGUGUCUGCCAUACUUCCUCUUCGUUUAUCGGGGAUUGAAACCUGUUCACCAUCAGCUUAUUCACCUAGGCUACCUGCCCACCCACUUGAGAGUGAGAGAGAGAGAGAGAGAGAGAGAGAGAGAUAAUCACCCAAUGCCCUUGUCGCUACCACCAUCUUCAGGAGGGGGGAUCCACCUUCCACUUUACGUGGGUGUUUAAAAGGGUAGGAAGGAUGAUUUUUUGGUUUUAGGGUGGAAAAACUAAAAAUGGGUUUCUACCAUACUUGCUCUUCUUGUCUCGGUGCCUGCAACCUAACCUGUUCCCUAUCUGCUCAUUCACCGAGUCUACCUAACCACCCACCUUCUUGAGAUCUCCCAACCCCGUCAAAUCACAUUCCCUUCUCAUAUUCCCCUGCCCUUGUUGACCUCAGAUUCUCAGACACCGCUUUCAUCCCCUAAUGAAAUCUUAAGCCAUCGCUUUUUUUCCGACUCAUUGACGGUACGGACUCCUCGCCCUUCUUCUGUACACAACCCCCCAUGUGUCCGGUGAGGACAUCCCCACGCGUCAUUAAUGGAAUCAUCCAAGGAAGCAGGAAGAGGACAUCCCCACGCGUCAUUUAGUCAUUUAGCCCACACAUAAUUUGCCUCACGUGUCUUAGUAUAUGUAUAAAUAUGAGAGAAAGAGAGAGAGUCGCACAGUGGCGUUCUUAACCCAUUCUCUGUCGUGGCGUGGCAGCAUCUAUGGCAUACACGACGAGGCUAAGGAUAAGGCAUUCGAGCUGGAAAUGAGCUGGGUCUGCGAGGAAUCCGACCGCCAGCACCAGAAGGUUGGUGCUUUCCCCGUCCCAACCCUUUUUCGCUUGCUUGCUUGCUUCCUCGUCGAAGUGUGAACUCUUUACGAAGGGGGGAAAAAUGUAAAUAAACUGUGGUACUGCCGCGCUGCAGGUCCCGGACGACCUCCUGGAGCAGGCCAAGGAAGCCGCCAAGGCAGCUCUGGAGGAGAUGGAUGCUGACUGA